AUGGAAACAAAGACAAGAGCUUCGCGACGAUACAGAUACUCUCAACACCCGUCCAAUCAAGGACUUAAAGGUCAUGCUGAAGGAAAUAGGCAACAGCCAAGGGACGCGCGAGAGCUUCACAAUACGUUUACUCAUCAAGAGCAAACGUUCUCCUCCGUACACACUGAACAGCAAGUAGUCACCAAUGCUGUAUUCGAGCAGCAACAGUACACUAGUAUUCCUCAAGCGAUAUAUCAUCAAGGCCACAAUUUCAACCAUGAUGGAAUUGGAAGGACUGUGUAUGGCUUCGAAAACGAUCGCGAGAGCUCUGAAGUUGGCUACACCAACGUAAAUGCUGCUAGUGGAGCUACAGCCAGUGCUACUCGAGCUACCUUCAUGGAUUCAUAUAGUGACCGAGAGUAG